AUGAACGUGUCUCUGCAAGACAACGGGAACAACAACGCAGCGGCUGAUUCAAUAACUCUCGGACAACUAAGAACGCUAGUUGGAACUGUUCCAAAGCCGAAGCAAUCACUAUUCGACUUCAAAUACGAUGAUGAAGAUACUGUUAUGAACGAGAUCGAGGAGUUCUACUCCUACAUCGAGAUGCCCCAGGUCGCGGAGAACAUGAAAGCUUGGGAGGGUUCAUUUCAAGGCGGUGAAUGGACAAAGGCUUCUCUGACCAAACGACGUGGAUAUGUCGACUUCCUGCUCGAGAGCCUCGAGCAUCGUGACGCUGAGAUCAGGUUCACGAACGCGCGCCGACUAUUUUACGUCCUGCAAGGAACGUUCGGAGAAACCGUCUCGCCCGAACACCAGCUGCACUGGAUAUUCGAGAACUGCAAAGUCGUCCGGGCUGCGAACGGCGUGAGCAGCAUCGUGGAGGCAGUGAAGAUUGCGGGGCACAAACACGAUCUCCUAUGCUCGCUCUCUGACCAGGACGCUGCGCACCUGCACAUAACCUUGCAAGAGAAGGCCGAUCUCAUCGAAGAGGUGCUGACCGAGGUGUCGGUCUAUCUCGGCAUGCUUUAUCACCUCAUUGAGGUGUUCAAAGGCCACGACGACUUUGCCGACGAGCUUAUGAGCCUCGACCCCCCGCUACCGGUGUAUCUGUUCAACGUCGUGUCGAGCUUACGUGACAAGACUGCGAAGGGCUAUCCCAUCAAGAAGCUGCUGCUCGUGCUGUGGAAAACGCUGUUGACAUGCUGGGGUGGGGUUCUGGAGCACGCUCGUGUCAAAAAGCUGGCACGAGAGCUUGCUGGCCUGCCAACCGUCGGAGAAAGCUCAACCAAACUUAAAUCGUCGCCAGUCGACAUCGACACCUUCCGCAACGAAACGUCCGUCAAGUACCCCACAUUCACGCCGUCGCCUGUGCCCCCACCUUCGCUCGUGGACGCCCCGAUCGGGAAGACCUUCAAGCCAGCACAGCUCACAAGCCGGCUCGCGAAAGCUUAUUCUCCCAUACCCGUCCGGCACCACUACCACCACCAUGACGAGAACGAGGGUGCAAUUACCCACGGGGGCCACCCCCAGGGAGGAGGGAUGCCCCCACAGUUCCAUCAGCCGCAGCUGAGCCAGAGCGCUUUCCGUCCACAGAACCCCCAGCCAGCCACCCCUGCACCCACCCCGCCUCCGUCCCCCAAGCCCAAGAAGCAACAAUACCAGACGGACCAGACGCGCCCGUUCUUGUUCCCGUUCUCGAAGAGUCAGUUUGGGAAGAAUGGGAGGCUCAUUCCGUUUGCGAUCGAUGAGGCGGAUAGGCUGUAUAACAAGCAUAUGUACAUUAGUUUGGCACUGUCCCAGAUGUGGAGGACGAGGGAGGACUGCAUGACGGCGGAGAGUGGGCUGGAGAGGAUGCCGGGUGCGGAUGCUGAGUUCAAGUCGUCGACGUUCAAUCAGGAUGAAACAGAUAAUGGAGAGCCGCUGCCUGACGUGGCGUUGCUUGACCAGAAGAUCGAGGAGGCCAGUGAAGCGAUGAAGAACGCUCAGACUCCUGCAGAGAAGAGGAAAGCGAAGGAACGUAAGGAGGAUUUGAUGCGUCUAAAGCGUGUCGAGCAAAUAUACAGCGCCAUUCUCCCUGUGUUAUCAGGAUGGGUACUCGUACUGCUGAAGCUCCUACUAGCUACGGUCUCUGCAAGCACGAACAUGCAAGCCCCUCAAUCGUCAACGUCGUCUGUAUUCCCCCCUACAGCCAUAUCCCCGCAAGAGCAACCCCCUUCUGCGCCACCUACCCUUGACGAAAUCGAUGUUACACGGCAUCGCGAAAUUACUUCCAAAGCUGUCUCUGCUAUUCUUUUGUUGGUCCUCAAGUGGUUCAAAGUUUCUCAUGUCAUGAAGUUCCAUCACCUUGGCCAACACUUACUCGAUACAAACUGUCUUCUCCUUAUCCUCAAGAUGUUCGGGCUGCAAGAAGUGACCAACUCUGUCGUGUCUAAAGCAGAUUCACCGGAGAACAACUUUUUCCGAUACUGCCUUACCAACCUCUCGAAGAACCCUCAAACCAUCCGCCCAGAAGACGACAUGUUCCGUAAUGCUUCACGGCAAAACAUCCGGAAGGUCACUACUCUGCCCAAUGGUGAGAAGCGCGAGGAGGAAGUCGACCUGAUCACGGAGUAUUCGUGGCGGAAUUUCUUCUCGACCAUUAAUUUCGCGAAGAUCAUGCAAAAGUUGUCGAAAGGACGAUCUCAUCGGAUAUGGAUGCUUGUGCAGUACAAGAGCUCGGCGGUCCUAAAGCGAGUCUUGAGAGUCAACCAUCCAAUGUUGCAGCUGCACGUGCUAAAGUUGAUUAAGAGUCAAGUGCCAUUCUGCGGUAGAAAAUGGAGACAAUCAAAUAUGAAGGUCAUCACGUCAAUCUACCUCAACUGUCGACCAGAGCUUAGGGACGAAUGGUUGACUGGUACUGAGCCCGACGAUGCUGGCGAUGCCCAGGCCCAAGAACAGGCUUUACGUCACCUCGUUAAAUUUUACAACAACAAACGGUAUGGUCCAACAGCGACAGCUCAGCAGGGACCUAUGCAUCGGCGAUCAGGUAGCAUUUCGCAAAUCGAAGGCCUGCACGCAGAUCCAGCGCUUUCGAGUCUCAUCCGACCACUCGGGACCCCAAACGUUGUCGACACAGAUGUCUUCCCGCCUGUUCGAUCUCAAGCUCCAGACCAGUCACUUUUCCUGCCAUAUAUCCCAGAAGACAUCGCCUUUGAGGAGGAAUACGAGGAAUACCUGUCUGACCUCGGCUGGUCUGACGAGCAUUCCUCGACGACAGAUCAAUCGCUCUUUGGAGGCGGCACAUCAGCUUGGCAUAGGCUACCGACGUUCGUUUCUGAGAUGACGGACGGAAUUAGUGACAGCGAGAGUGUCGUUUCAAUUGGCGAUUUAGGGGACGAAAAUCGACUGGACCCUUCAAGAGACGAUCGUGAAGGGGUAGAUGAGAACGUGAACAACUGGGAACAUAUGAGUCCGAAGACCAUGGCAGCCCUCCCAAAAUCACCCGCAGGUGCUCGCCGGUCGAGUUCUGGGACAGGUUUGAGACCUGUAUUACCCUUUGCCCUGGACGACGAAAGCGCAGUGGACGACGACGAUGUGGAACCAGAGCACCUCGGACGCGAACCUCCUUCAAGUGAAUUCCCAGCAGGUGCCAGUGUCGAUGAAGUCGAGUAUGCAUACGGGGUGUAA